AGAAUGUCCAAACGCCGUGCUUCAGAACGAGGGGCUGGAGAGUCAUCCGGCAGGCCUAGUAAACUCCUAUGUGCUGGGAUAUCUGGCAACAAUGCAAAGAGAGCCGGACCCUUUGUUUUAGGCCCGCGGCUCGGGAACUCUCCCGUUCAGAGCAUAGUGCAGUGUUUAGCCAGAAAAGAUGGGACGGAUGAUUUCUACCAGCUAAAAAUUCUGACCCUGGAAGAGCGCGGAGACACAGCAGGAGAGACGCAAGAGGAAAGGCAGGGCAAAAUGCUCCUGCACACGGAGUAUUCUCUACUGUCACUGCUCUCCAACCAAGAGGGAGUGGUGCACCAUCACGGCCUCUUCCAGGACCGUUCCUGUGAGAUUGUGGAAGAUGUGGAGGCCAACAAAGUGCGGAAGAUGAAAAGGCGAAUCUGCCUGGUGCUCGACUGUCUCUGCGCCCACGACUUCAGCGACAAGACGGCCGACCUCAUCAAUCUGCAGCAUUACGUCAUCAAAGAGAAACGACUGAGCGAGCGCGAGGCCAUUGUUAUCUUCUACGAUGUUGUGAGAGUGGUGGAGGCUUUGCAUAAGAAGAACAUUGUGCAUCGAGACUUGAAGCUGGGAAACAUGGUGCUUAAUAAAAGGACUCAUCGGAUCACAAUCACAAACUUUUGCCUCGGAAAGCAUUUGGUGAGUGAGGAGGAUCUGCUGAAGGACCAGAGGGGCAGUCCAGCCUAUAUCAGCCCAGAUGUCCUGAGUGGCCGACCAUACCGUGGUAAGCCAAGUGAUAUGUGGGCGCUUGGCGUUGUGCUGUUCACCAUGCUAUAUGGCCAGUUCCCAUUUUACGACAGCAUACCUCAAGAGCUCUUCCGUAAGAUCAAAGCAGCUGAAUUCUCCAUCCCUGAGGAUGGACGGGUAUCUGAAAGUACGGUGUGUUUGAUCAGGAAGCUUCUGGUGCUCGACCCCCAGCAGAGGCUCACUGCCACCGAGGUGCUGGAGUCUCUGAGCGCCAUCAUCGCCUCCUGGCAAUCUGUGUCCUCCUUAAGCGGCCCUCUGCAGGUGGUGCCUGAUAUAGACGAUCAGCUUCACCACCCCGAACACCUUCAGGAGGCCAAAGUCACAGAGGAGUCGUCUCAGUACGAAUUUGAGAACUACAUGAGGCAGCAGAUGUUGUUGGCGGAGGAGAAGAACACUAUUCACGAGACCAAGAACUUCCUCAGCAAGAGGCAUUUCGGCAACGUCCCUCCAGUGAGGCGUCUCGGCCACGACGCUCAACCAAUCAGCCCUCUGGAUGCCGCAUUACUGGCCCAGCGCUUCCUCCGCAAGUAACCCAAUGGGCGGGGUCACCGUGAGUGAAGGGAGCCAGGGAACUGGGCACACGCAUGUGCGUGUGUUUGAGCACACAGUGUGUGUAUGGUAAACACGCACGGCCAAGGAACAGCUCGGCGCUCUUGCGACAUUCAUCAGCCCUGGACGUGGCACACGGAAUGAAUGAGACACUGACCACCAACACCACCUCCGCCAUGCCAAUCCUUGCCCAAAUCCGACACACACUCGCACACACAUUUUCAGCAAUACCCAAACAGAAUCAUGUAGCAAACCAAACACAACCCUUCUCCACUCGAGUCCCCCAGCACUUUCUAUGUGAAACACCUCGGAUCACACGAUCAACCUUCUCGUCUGCCCCAUUCCUGUUCCCUUUGACCGGUUUGUCUGUAUCGCCCUCAUCUGUGUCUAUAACUGCAAAUCUACCUCUUACCGUUUUCAAUUUUUUCCUCCUUUCUCAGUCUGUUUUUAACAGUGUAAAGUACUCAAUACGUCGGGGGUUCGGACGCAAGCACCGGCUCGAGAGCAUUAGCGUUGUGGUUGUGUAAUGUUUUUGGUGCAUCAAAACCAGUAAGUGGUUUUCCAAAUAAGCUUUUCCUUUCCUCACCUAAUAAAACGGUAGCAUUUUUCAUUGAAGAUGUUAAUAUCACAAUUUAUCAAAGCUAUAACCUCAUUCCAGAAAUCAAGCAUAGCGCGCGCGGUUCUAGUCCUCUAUUUCAAUGGGUUUCUAUUGGCAGCUAGCGUCAAGCUAAUUAUUCUGUGUCUGGAUGCUUACGACCAUUGCUUUGCAUCUAAACCGGCUGAUACGGUACAGCAAAGUUUGACUCCCCAUUCCUUGAUAUUCAACCCUGGGAAAUGUAUUUUUUAGCACGGGACUGUCAUGCUAUCCUUCCUUAACGCCAGGAUUUUCUUUGUGGUCAACCAAUCGCAAACCGUGGUGAAUAUUUUAGUGUGAUGUGCCGUCAAGGCGGACUCUUGAGGGGCACAUAGGGGCUAGUCUUCACAGGAUUGAACAGCUGGUUAGGGGAUGAAAGUGUCAGGAAGCAGGGCGGCUCAGCCGGCAGUCAUGCGGAAGUCUAAGCUAAGAUAAGCCCCGUCCUUAAGCCCUCCUUUUCCUUUGUGUUCUGCUGUCGAGAGCGCUCGUCCUCUGAUAACACGCCAAACCAUCGGAGCGCGUCUUCUGUCACGUCCUGUAUCUCCGGUGCGUUCGCUCCCCACACAGAUUUCAGCUGCAGCUCAGGGAUAGAGAUUUGGCCACUUGGGAACAUUUUCGGCCUCAAAGAAAGAAACCCAUUGCUUAGAGGACAAUUUCUUUGUUUUUUGUUUUGUUUUUCUUCACCCUCAUCUUCCUUUUCAUUUAUGGUUAGAAAGUUCUUCAUCAUCAUCAUCAUCAGGAAGGAAACGCCAUCAAAUUCACUUUGAAUAUGUUUCAUGCAUUUCAGAUUCUCAUUUGAAUGUUUUCCAAUCCCGUUUUAAGCUAGACAUUUGUAUAAAGCAUACUUUUGGGAUAUCUUGCCUUAGAUUGUGACACAUUCUCAAUUCAACGGUCAAGUGAUGUAUUUUUGAUGCUAGAAUAUGGCUUAGUAUACUAGGUGGUUGGCUUGCAUCGACCCGUGGCUUUAGUUUGCGAUGCCUUUAAGUCUGGCUCCACUUAUAUCAUUAGAUAGGACGGCCAUUUAGUACUGCAGGUCUCCGAGUUCAUGACAAGCAACCUGGCUCGACCUUUUAUUUCCUUUUCACAUAAGUAAAGCCUGACAUUACUUCCCUUUUUCCUUCCUUAUUAUAAUUUAUUAGCUGUUUAUAAUUCACCAACCUUGUUUUUUCUAAGCUCUGCAUCCAUGGUUAAUGUAGAGAUCCUAUAUCACUCAAAAGCAUUGCUGUGAUCUCUCUUGAUUUGUAAUUCUUCUAUCUUCAGUGAAGGUUUAUUUCUCGGCCAUUUUUUAAGUCCUUGAAUAAUCCUGUUGGUAUAUUAAGCUACACUAAUAUGGAGACUGACUGCAUAGCUCUAUUUUUAAGUCGACUAAAUUAUCGUGCACAUUAGCAUGACAUGUAGAAUCAAUGUAGAGUUUAUCUUGUGAGAUUUUAGCCGCUCUGACCUGUGUGAAAAACAUCUUUAGGACUAAUGGCGUCAGUAA